AUGCGGGUGGUGCUUGGGGCGAGGACUGGGCAGCACUCGAGGGCCGUGGGACGCUGGGCUUGUGAGCUGGCCGAGCUCCCGCACCCGCCGCCCGGCCCGCGCCACGCCAGCCUGCUUCAGGGCGUGGGCCGCUGGAUGCAGGCCGGCUCCUCAGGGGACACGGGCAUCAAGCGCGCAGGAGGUGCCCAGGACACAGGAGCCCCCCCGGCCGGGGCCCGGGCACAGGAGGAGCGUGCCGAGAGGCUGGUGGAGCUGCCCGCCUCCUUCGGGGAGAUGCUGGCCUUCUUCUGCGCCAACACCACCGUCCACGGUGCCACCCACCUGGCCUUGGGGGGCCAGAGCCGUCUCCAGACGGCGUCCUGGGUGCUGCUCCUGGGCGCCCUGGGGGGGCUCUGCUGGCAGGGGGGGCUCCUCCUGGAGCAGUACUGGCGCUACCCCGUCGGCACCGCCGUGUCCCUGCACUCGGGGCGCAGGCUCGUCCCCUCCGUCACGCUUUGCGACAUGAACCCACAGCGGCCGGCUCCCGCCCGUGGCUACCUGCAGAAGCUGGACGCGCUGGCGCGGGAGAACAUGGACGCGCUGUACGGGUUCAACCUCAGCGCGCCCGGGGACGCCCCCCUGCCUCACAUCCCUCGCCCCAACCUCCCCUCCCCGCUGGACCCCAGGAUCCGCCUGCAAAGGUUGAGCCACCCCGACAGCCCAGGCAAAGUGGGGUUCAGACUGUGUAACAGCACCGGGGGCGACUGCUUCUACCGCGCCCACGCUUCCGGCGUGACGGCGGCGCGCGAGUGGUACCGCCUGCACUACCUGAGCGUCCUGGCGCUGCUGCCCCCCGCCCGCCAGCGCGGCCGCGGCCCCCGCUUCGUCCUCUCCUGUCGCUACGACGGCCAGGACUGCCAGGCCCGGCACCUCCGGAAGGCCCAGCACCCCACCUACGGCAGCUGCUACACCUUCGACGGCAUCUGGGCCGCGCGGCGCCCCGGCAUCACCCACCGCCUCAGCCUGGUCCUCAGGGUGGAGCAGCAGCCCCACCUCCCGCUGCUGUCCCCUGCGGCGGACGUCCAGGUCCUGAUCCACCGACCUGACCACUCGCCCUUCCUGGGGGAGCCUGGCUUCAGCGUCAGGCCGGGCACCGCCACCACCGUGGGCGUACGAGAGGACGAGGUGCACCGCCUCGGGAGCCCCUACAGCCGUUGCGCCCACGACUCGGGGGGCGUGGACGUGCAGCUGCUGUUCGCCUCCUACACCAGGCAGGCCUGCCUGGUCUCCUGCUUCCAGCAGCUCAUGGUGGAGACCUGCUCCUGCGGCUACUACCUCUUCCCCCUGCCGGCGGGGGCCGAGUACUGCAGCUCCUCGCGGCACCCGGCCUGGGGCCACUGCUUCUACCGCCUGCACCGGGAGCUGGAGACCCACCGGCUGGCCUGCACCUGGCGCUGCCCCAGGCCCUGCCGGGAGUCUUCCUACCAGCUCUCCGCCGGGACCUCCAGGUGGCCUUCCUCCAAAUCCACCGACUGGGUGCUGGCUGUGCUGGGAGAGCGGCGCCCCAGCAGUCCCCGGAGCCGGGGUCCCAGGAGCAGAGCCUCCAAGGUGAGCAUCUUGUACGAGGAGCUCAACUACCGGACGGUGGACGAGGUGCCUGUUCUCUCGGUGCCACAGCUGCUGUCAGCCGUGGGCAGCCUCUGCGGCCUGUGGCUCGGCUCCUCCGUCCUAACUGUCCUGGAGCUGCUGGAGCUGCUGCUGGACGCUGUGGCCCUCACCCUGCUGCUGGGCUGCCGCCGGCUCCUCAGGGCUCAGGGCCCCCAGCCGGGAGUGGCCACUGCGGAGUCCCACCCCACGUCGCGGGCUGGCCAGGAACUCUGGCUCAAGCCUCAGCUGAAGACCUCGACCAAGCAGGACCCUCCCGAACCAGCCUGA